AUGAAGGCAGACGAGCUCGUCGCCGUCUCUACCUCCCUCGGAGGGGACUUCAAGUCCAUUGAACCCCACCUCAUCCGACUCGAGAAGCACUUGACCCUGCGGACAUACCUCGCCGGAUACACACUGAGCGAGCUCGACAGCAAGAUCUGGCUUGCCAUCAGCAACAACCGCGUUGCCGUCUCCUUCGUCCGCAAGGGCUCCUACGCCAACGUCCAGCGAUGGUUCACCUACGUCGAACAAGCCCACCCCGAGAUCCAGGCCGAAGUCAAGGCCGCCGACUCUGCUCGCAAGGCCAAGGUGCAAGCUGCUAGCCGUGCUGGUGCAAGUUACAACCUGGCCUUGCAGGAGGCCGACAAGGGAGUCGUCUGCCGAUUCCUUCCUGAGCCGUCUGGCUACCUUCACAUCGGACACGCCAAAGCUGCACUGCUCAGCGACUACUUUGCACACCAGGCCUACAACGGACAGCUUCGACUGCGGCUAGACGAUACCAACCCGAGCAAGGAGAAGGAGGAGUACCAAGAUGCCAUCAUCGAGGACCUCGCGCUUAUGGGCGUCAAGCCCGACACUGUCACCUACACUUCCGAUUAUUUCGAUCACCUCUACGAUACCUGCUUGGGCCUCAUAAAGAGCGGCAACGCGUAUGCCGAUGAUACUGAUGUGGAGACCAUGCGCGAUGAGAGAGGAAGGGGUAUUGCUUCAAAAAGGCGAGAGAGAACAGUCGAGGAGAACCUGGCCAUCUUCGACGCCAUGAAGUCCGGCACCGAGGAAGGCUUGAAGAACUGCAUUCGGGCCAAGAUUUCUGUCGACAACCCCAACAAGGCCAUGCGCGACCCCGUCAUCUACCGGUGCAACCCCAACGAUGCUCAUCACCGCACCGGUACAAAGUGGAAGAUAUAUCCUACCUACGAUCUCGCGUGCCCUGUCGUGGAUAGCUUGGAGGGUGUGACGCACGCUUUGAGAUCGACCGAGUACACGGACCGAAACCCCCAGUUCCAGUGGUUCCUCGACACCCUCAAGCUUCGUCAGGUUUACAUGUGGGACUUUGCCCGCAUGAACUUCAUUCGCACCUUCCUGUCCAAGCGAAAGCUCGCCAAGCUGGUCGAUACCGGCAAGGUAUGGGGCUGGGACGACCCGCGGAUGCCCACAAUUCGCGGUGUUCGAAGACGAGGCAUGACCAUCCCUGCCCUUCGAGACUUCAUCCUGAAGCAGGGCCCUUCGCGAAAUGUCGUGGUCAUGGACUGGACUAGUUUCUGGGCUGCCAACAAGAAAGAGAUCGACCCUGUUGCGCCACGACACACCGCCAUCUCCAAGAAGGACCAUGUGAAGGUAUCCGUCACAGGAGACGAAGCCCCCACAGAGGCCCGAUCCGAAGACAAGCCUCGUCACCCCAAGAACCCAUCCAUCGGUACAAAGAAGGUGGCCUUCAGCAAGGAGCUCAUCAUUGACCAAGCCGAUGCCAACAGCUUCAAGGAUGGAGAGGAGAUUACGGUCAUGCAGUGGGGCAAUGCGUUUGCCAAGGACAUUGCUGGAAAGGAGCCUGUCACGGGUCUCACUCUAGAAUUGAAUCUCAAAGGCGAUGUCCGGAGCACAGACAAGAAGAUUACGUGGCUCUCGACACAGGGGCAGAACCUGAUUGACGCAGAACUAUGGGACUUCGACUACCUUAUCACCAAGGAUAAGCUCGAGGAGGAAGACGACAUGGACAAAUUCUUGAACCCAGUUACAUCGACGAUGGAGGAGGCUUGGUGUGACGAGGGUGUAGUCAACCUCAAGAAGGAUGAUAUCAUCCAGCUGGAGAGGCGAGGGUACUACCGGGUAGACAAGGCAUACAACGACGGAGACGAGAAGAAGAUCGUAUUGUUCUGUAUUCCAACUGGCAAGAGCAAGUAG